AUGACAAUACCUCUGCUUAACAUCAAUGUGGUUGAAGGAAGGGCUAUAGAACUACCUUGUAACAUAACGGCACCCGGAUACGAUACUCUAGAUAUGGUAUUCUGGUUUAAGGAUGGUUUGGGGCCUCCUCUAUACUCGGUUGAUGUCCGCGGUAAACCUCUCACAGAGGCAAGGCACCAGUCUACUCUCUUUGGACAAAGAGCCUACUUUCGUACAUCUAUUCAAGAACCGGCAGUGCUAGUAUUAGACGAUAUCAAGAGACACGAUGCCGCAAUUUAUAGAUGUAGAGUGGAUUUCCAUCGGGGACAGUCCAGGAGCGUUCGGUAUAAUCUAACUGUUAUUGUUCCACCUGAACAGCCAGCUAUUUUAGACAUGUGGGGUCGAAUACUCAAUGGAACAUCCGGUCCAUACAAAGAGGGCGACAAUCUUUCUCUUACAUGUCGUGUUACUGGAGGAAGUCCUGAACCUAUUGUAAAGUGGUUCGUUAAUGGAAAAAUAAAGAAUGAUGAUUCUUACGAGAGUACAGCUGGUGAUGUGAUUGAAAAAAAGUUAACAGUAAAGUCACUGAACAGGUCACAUCUCUUCUCUAAUUUUACGUGUCAAGCACAAAAUACACUUCUUGUAGAACCAAAGAAAAUAUCCAUGAUACUCGAUUUAAACUUGAAGCCUCUAACUGUGACAAUAAAAAAAGGUAAUGGACACAGAAGUACAACUACAUCAUUAAAAGCAGGAGAACGGUAUGAACUAGAAUGUGAAUCUACAGGUUCAAGACCACCAGCUGUAAUCACAUGGUAUAAGGGCAAAAGACAUCUCAAACACUCUAAGGAAGAGAAGGGCACGAUCAACACAGAAAAUUGCACGAUCAGUAGGGUGGAGUUCGUGCCAGGAGUAGACGACGACGGAAAAUCGGUGACUUGCAGGGCGGAAAAUCCAAACGUGACCGGACUUUUUCUAGAGACAUCUUGGCGGAUCGACGUUGUAUAUGCACCGAUCGUAUCAUUACGACUUGGAUCAACAUUAAGUGCAGAAGAUAUCAAGGAAGGCGAUGAUGUUUAUUUUGAAUGUCAAAUAAAAGCAAAUCCACCAUGGUCGAAAUUGACAUGGAUUCAUAAUGGAGUAAUAUUAACCCAUAAUACAUCCGCCAGAAUCAUUUGGUCUAAUCAGAGUCUGGUACUUCAGAGCGUAACCAGAAAUAGUGCAGGCUUAUAUGUUUGUGCAGCUACCAAUAAUAUCCAGGAAACUAAAAGUGAACCACUUGAAUUCCGUGUAAAAUAUGCACCAGUCUGCAAAGAGGACAGGAUCGUCGUGGUGGGGGGCUCAAGGGGUGAAUCCCUAGAGAUAGCGUGUAAGGUGGAAGCUGACCCGCCUGCCCACAGUUUUCGAUGGAAAUUCAACAACAGCGGCGAGACUCUAGAGGUGCCCAACAAACGGUUCUCCGUCGAGCCAAUCGACGGACUCAGCGUACUCACUUAUGUGCCCAAUACGGAAUUAGAUUAUGGUACACUAUCCUGCUGGGCUGAUAACUUCGUCGGCAGUCAGUCAAGGCCAUGUCUCUUUCAACUAGUCGCAGCCGGUAAACCAUUCCCUGUACGCAACUGUAGCCUGUCGAAUCAGACAUACACUAGUGUUGAGGUCAAAUGUUACUCUGGCUACGACGGUGGCCUACCCCAAGAAUUUAUCCUCGAGGUAUAUCAUGGCGACCUCGAGGCAUUGGCAAGUAUUCGACCACUGUAUAAUGUCUCGACAAGGGAAGAGCCCAUAUUCGUACUGUCAGGACUCAAAGCCUCAGUGGACGCAGGUGUCCACGUUGCUGUCUACGCUGUCAACGCUAAAGGCAGGAGCCAACCUGUUAUUUUAAGCGAGGUCACAUUUCGUGACGCUGAGAAGAGAACCGGUCACAAUGCAGGUAUGGGUCUCUCACCACUGAUCGGUGUGCUAGCAGGUACUCUAGUCACUCUCGGACUCAUCGUGCUAGUGCUGGUCGUGCGGGCGAGGCGCGAGCGCGUGACCUCAAAGCCACGCCACGAAAAGUCAGCGGAACUAAGUGAUCUGCCCGUCCAACAAUAUCCCCUUCAGAAUAUCGAGCAGACGGUUGAGAUCGAUCCUGACGUCAUUCCCAACAAGUUUGAAGGAAAUUUAAUAGAGGUGAGUCCCCCAAGUUAUCCAGGUGGAUACCUGCCGAGUCAGUGGGUAACACCCGGGCCGACGCCAAGCAUCGACGAGCUCUGCCACAAGUUCGCGGGCCGGCCAACGGAGCUGAGGCUGUCGACGACGAGGGGCUGUGCCACGGGUUUGAACCUUGCCGGAAUCCAGGGCCACCCAGUAGCCGUGACGAACUCGGGGGUCGUUGUCGGCGGAGGGCCAUGCGUUGUUGUCGCGGGUGAAUGUCUGGAUGGGGAGGCGAUAAAACGCCGAUUGAUGGCUAACAGACUACCAGAGAGCUGCGUUUAAAGUCCAGUUACGCGAGUGAAUAUUCCUUACAUAUACUUUGAAAAUUUAUGUUUUUUAAUAUACAAAAGACGAUGAA